UCCUUUCGCCGGACUGGAUCUAGCCGCUACCAGGAGUGAUAACUAACGUUAACCGCUUAAGGGUGAGAGGAGAGCUGUGGGUGCAGAGAGAGGGGGUGUCACAUUUAUAGCAUCUGACUCAGUAACUGACAAAGGACAAGAUGAACAAAUACAGAAAGCAGAUAGCAGAGCAGUUCUUGAGUCAUGCCCUGGGCAUCAUCUGCCUGCUGACCGGAGAGGAAUACACCAUUGUGAAGAAGAGGCCCUUCCAGAGCAGCGUUCAACAGCUGAGCGGAGAGGUGCCUAUAAAGUGUGAUGAUGUUGCCGUUUAUUUCUCUAUGGAGGAGUUUGAGUAUAUAGAGGGACACAAGGAGCUUUACAAGGACGUCAUGAUGGAGACUCACCAAGCACUAAGGACUAUGGAGAUCCCAGGAAAUGAGAGCUCAGAAUUAACAGGUCACAGCGAUGAAAAUCUAGACACAGGAGCACAUAGAGAACUGGUACAGAAUAUUCAGCCAGUGGAGACCCCAUCAGUUGUCUCUGCAGGUGACAUUAAUACUGACGUAGAUGUUAAAACAGAAGAUAUGAGUGUAACGUGUCAGCUGGAAGCUCCAAUGCAGGAAAUGUGUGACAGUGACAAUGCAGAUGAAACCGAUGCUAACAUUUUAUGUAACACAGAACAAACAAAAGAUCAGGGGCUAAGUAAUAUGCCAGAAGCAGCAGAGCAGGAAGUAUGUGACAAUAUAAGUACAGGUGAAUUCACAAACUGCAAUAAUACUAGUCAUGGUCACAGUGCAGAUGCUUCUUUACAUCUUCUUCAAAAUCAACGCCACAUGGGAAAUUUAUGUUCUGAAUGUGGGAAAUGUUUUCUUAAGAAAUCUCAUCUUUAUAGACAUCUAAAAAUUCAUACAGUAAAAAGGCAAUUUUCCUGUUCUAUGUGUGGUAAAUGUUUCAACCAUAAAAGAAAUCUUGUUGUUCAUCAAAAAAUCCAUACAGGAGAAAAGCCAUUUUCCUGUUCUAUAUGUGGGAAAUGUUUUAACACUAAAACAAAUCUUGUUUCUCAUCAAAAAAUUCAUACAGGAGAAAAGCCAUUUUCCUGUUCUAUAUGCGGGAAAUGUUUUAAUUCUAAAACAAAUCUUGUUGCUCAUCAGAGAAUUCAUACAGGAGAAAAGCCAUUUUCCUGUUCUAUAUGUGGGAAAUGUUUUAACACUAAAACAAAUCUUGUUGCUCAUCAGAGAAUUCAUACAGGAGAAAAGGCAUUUUCAUGUUCUGACUGUGGGAAAUGUUUUAGUCAGAAAUCAAAUCUUAUUAGGCAUCAGAAAACUCAUACAGGGGAGAAAGUGUUUCCAUCUUAA